CCACGUAUGGAUACCCCAUCCCCCGCGAGCGGUAACGAAAACAAAACGGCCAAGAAAAGGCCGACUCACUGCGACAGGAGGCAACACCAAACGAACAGCAGCGAAUGUCCAUCGAUCACUCACAUUGGGCAAACGGCAAUGCUGACCUGACCACCCCACUGACUGACAAUCCAUCCAUCCAUCCUUCCAUCCAUCCACCUCGUCCGACUACGCUCCUUUCUCAGCCGCAACACGACUACUUGGCGCAUCCCCCUCCCUCUCCCUCUCCCUCUGUCCUUCACCAUCAUUAUUCACCCCCUCCACCCACCCCACCUUUUCCUCCUGCCUUAUCCACUCUGCGGCAUCUUGUUGGCCCAGCUGGUACAGCAGCUCGAACUCGUCCUCAUCGGCCGGCAGCAGCGACAUCUGGAUCAGCUUGGGCAUCGACAGGGGGAACUGGGGGUUCAGAUCCGGUGUUAUCACGUCGUUGGGACCCAUCGCCUUGAGACCAACCACAGAGGCCGGGAAGGGCGAGAUGCGCACGGUGCGUCGUGCGGCCACCACCGGGCAGCCGAAGGCGCCCAGCUCGGAGGCGAAGAAGCCGUCAGCGGCCACUUUGCCCCGACACUGCACCAACGGCCAGGCCGAGAAGUAGAAGGGGACACAGCACGAGGCGCACAGCACCUCAAUGAGGUCAUCGCGGCUGUCGAAUUGCGACACCAGGCGACCGGCAGGGUACGGGAACACCUCUGUGUAGGCCACAGUGACGGGCGCCGCACGGCCGUUGAGCUGCUCGUGGGCAUCGGGGGGCAGCAGCUCGUCCAGCUCCUUCAUCAGACAGUCAUGCAGUCGGCUCCGUGUACCCUUCUCCCGGCAGUCGGCAGCCAGCCGUUGCACCGCCCGGACAGCGUUGUCAGCCGCAAGACCCAUGCCCACUGCACACGCCGUCAGCGAGCCGGCCGACGCGCCAGAAAUGGGCGUCGCGUUGGUGAUGACGCCCAUCUUCCUGAGAUGGAACGCCGCCCCCAGGUGGUAGGGGAUGAGCAGGCCAGCUGGCGAAAAUGAGAAGCCGAUGGGUGGCGCGUCUUUUAGGUCCUUGUCCGUCUGUGCGUGUGUGGGAGCCGGUGCUGCUGCUGCGAUGGGCUCAGAGACGCCGACGGACUUGAGGAAGGAGGGGUUGAAAUACAGCGACUCGAACAUCUUCAGGUACGACUGGUCGCUCGCCUGCUGGGCUGACGCUGAGGAUGGCGGCGGCUCCUCGACUGAUGAUGCUGCCGAUGAGCCGGGGAACCGCAGCACGUUGUCAAACCACCCGAAAUAACCCUUCACCGUCUCGCCGCAGUCGGUAGGGUGGUCAGCAGCAAGACACGGACUCGAUUUGGUGCAUGACCGCUGCAGCUGGAUGGAGGCCAUAUCGCCCUCGUCCAUGCCGGGCGAUGCCGCCAGGGAGCCAGGCGUCAUCGAAGAACGCUCCGUGGCGAUUUCCGAUAUGGUCUUGGUCAGCUGAUUGAAUACCGGUAAGAGGCCGCGUCGCUGCAUGGCUCGGAGAGGCGAGAGAGGCGAGAGAGGACGCGCGUGGCUGUCUGCUGCCGCCGGGGA